GAGCUUAAUCAGCACAUUUUUAUAAACAGAGUAAAAACGUUGGUGGUAUUGAAGCUCAGAGGGGCGUACAUAAUAGUAACGUGAUAUGUAUUUCUGUCGAACAACUAUGUAACAUGGGCAUGUACACGAAAAGAACUGAUAAGUAUAUUGAUUGCGUUAAAAAAUACAAUAACGUCCAUUAUGUGGAAUAUUAUUUCAAGCAAUAUCGUCCAGUUUCAUUUUUUCAUGGAUGUACAGACAUUCGCGAUGUACACAUUUCUUGGUAACAAAUAUUCUUCAUAAUGCAAUGCGUUUUUUUUUUAAAUUCUUACAUGUCAUUCCUGUGUAAGUGUAUCUUUAACUUUGCAUUUAAAUUCGUGAGCAAAAACAUGCACAUGUUUAUGUUGCACAUCGCCAAAUACAUAUGCAAAGCCGUAACCCAGUAAGAAUGUCCUUCAUUACCAUCAGCAAGUAUUUGUAAAUAUACAGCUCUUAGCAAUUUAUGGGUUGUAUUUUCUAAUUUCAAUCAGUACUGAAUUAUCCCUACAUACCUACUGUAAUAAAAGGAUACAUGUAUUUACCAAGUUCUCCAUAUACUAGUAGACUAACCGUACACGUAUUAUUUCUUUUUCAAAAUUUCAAAUAAAUUUUCUUUCUAUCACUUUUGCAUGAAUAAUUCAAUACAGAAUAUACAAGGCAUAUAGAAAUGGAAAAAUAUAUGGGGUUGUAUUAUUGUUCUUCAAAUUUAUACAAUAUUACAUUUAAAGCCUCCAGAGCUUUACCCGUUUAUAUCCUUCACGCGCGACAUCAACGACAAACGAAAGACAACAGUAGAAAACAAGCUUUCAGGCGACACUGUAAAAUGUUUUGCAAACGCAAGAAAGAUGAAGCCACAUUGUGAUGUGCGAAUUUUGCUGGUUACUGGCUGGAUUUGCAACAUUCCUGGAGCAUGGACUUCGUCGAAUAUAACGAUGUCAACCGUCUUGGGAGAUAUCUUUGAUGGCUACGACAAAAAGUUAUCACCAAAGUACGAUCAUGCUGCAUCUGACAGACAGGUCGUCGUCACCGUCAACAUUUUCAUAAAUUCUAUGUUCUCUGUCAGCGAGGCUAACAUGGACUAUUCAAUGAGCAUGUUUCUCCGAGAACGCUGGGUGGACGAAAGACUUCGGUAUGUAGAUGACCAAAACUUCACCAGACUAGAGCUGGACUAUUCACUCUUCGAUCAAGUAUGGAUGCCUGACAUGUUCAUUUUGAACGAGAAAUUCUCAAACUUUCACGAGGUGACCAUUCCGAACAAGAUGGUUCACGUCUAUCCCGACGGAACAGUCCAAUAUAGUGCCAGAGUUACGGGAACAUUUUUCUGCAAAAUGAACCUUAGGAAGUACCCAUUUGAUACUCAAUCAUGCCAUUUUGAAGUUGAAAGUUAUGGACACAGUACAUCAACCAUGAAGUUUGUGUGGAGCGAAGAUGCUGUUACAAUAGCAGAUAGCAUCGAAUUUCCACAAUUCGAGCUAAUAGAAACCCAGUCAUACAGCUGCGAAAAGGACUAUUUUGGAAUUGUCUUCCCUUGCAUUGGCGUCAACAUCAUACUAAAGAGGAACUACGCUUAUUACAUCAUUCAAAUAUACAUCCCAAGCGUUCUGAUUGUAAUACUCUCCUGGGUUAACUUCUGGUUGGACCCAACGUCUGUGCCCGCUCGGAUUUCUCUUGGGCUACUUACAGUCUUGACUAUGACAACACAAAGCGCCGGAGCUAGGGCAAAUUUGCCAAGAGUCUCGUAUGUCAAGGCUAUUGACGUCUACAUGGCGACGUGUAUGACUUUCGUUUUCCUUGGCCUUGUGGAGUAUGCCUACGUUAACGUUCUGAUGCGCGGCGAAGGAAAGAAACCGAAGGAAAUAAAAACCGACGGAUCUGCUGAUGUGAAACCAGAGGCACGCAACGGGGGUACAAUAGAAACAGUCAGUUUGAACAAUAUAUCUGUGAGCACUUCUCCAAGUAAACGAUUUCUGUGUAUCCAAAACAUGUCCAGCAUUGGCAGGGCGAGGCUGGUGGACAAAAUAUCGAGGUUCCUUUUUCCGAUAGUGUUCGUCGUCUUCAACAUCUUCUAUUGGAUCUACUAUAUGUCCUGGCAUCCCGAAGAAGAUGAAAGUACUUAAUCAAACCUUACACGUAUGAUACUUGAUACAAAUAGAAAAAUACAAAAAGGAUUGGAAGGACCAUAUUGUUGCCAUUUUUACUGUGAUAGUGAUUUUGUAAAUAAUACUUUUAGCUUUGUUUCCUAAUUACAGGGCAAUUUGGUAUUGUUUAAGUAUCAUGGUAUGUCUCUUAGACUCAUAGCACAUUCGCAGUUGUAACUGUACGGUUUAUAUAGUGUAGCAUUUACUAUUGUAAAACAUACCAUGUUUUUUCUUAAAACUUAAAUGUUUGUCAGUAAGAAUUAUUAAUGAAGUUAUAAAUAGUGUUUAUUAAAAAAGGCUUCAUUUGCCACACGUAUUGUUUUCCAUGUUAUGAAUAGGUCAAAUGUGAAAUAAUGAACACAAAAUACAGAAUUUGUAAAAUACCGAGUCUACGUACUAUUUCAACACACUGAAAUUGAACAAUAAAUGCCAAUAACGCAA